GGACGGUCCGCUGUCUGUCUAAAUGAACAGAGUGUAAAGGAUCCUACUAUAGUUUAGAGGGUAGUUAGUAACAUGGCGACAGGCUACAACCAGCCAGGGGCGAAGAGGCAGAAGGUACGGGAGCCGAGGGUCGACAAUGAUCAUUUUCAAGGCAUAGAUAAGAUGGAAUACAACAACAUGGCGUCGCUGGCGGAUACAAGCGCCUACCGCUACUAUAGCAGCUCGGAGCGCGUCCAUUCCAGGCCUAUGGAGGACUGGCUUAAGUACAGUGUCUCCUACACCCAGUUCCGCAACAAUGGUUAUGAUAGCCACGGUAAACCACAUCACACCUGGGAUGAUGGUUCUAACACCGUUGACAAUUACAAACGUUGCAUCAAAGCAUUCUUCGAUUUCUGCACCAAACUGGGUGUAAAAUACUGGACUGCGUUUGACACAGAUCUUGUGCCAAUGACAGACAGCUGGGAGGAGAACAGAGUGUCAUGGGAUGAUAUAUCGGAGUACGUGCAGGAUUUGAUGCAGAGAUAUCACAUUAAAAUGCUGUGGUUAUCACCAGACUUGCAUUCGCAUCCAAGGUAUAAUUCUGGUGCAUUCACAGGCCAUGAUGCAACUACCUACACUCAGGCGGCGACCCAGAUAAAAAAGUGUCUUGAAAUGUCACAGCGUUUAAAUGCCGAAUGUUUCCUUUUGUGGCCAUACAAAGAAGGCUACAACGCUAUAUUUCAAUCAGACGUCGCCAGAGAAAUUAAAUUGUUCGCUAAACUAUUGAAAAUGACCGCCGAAUACAAAGAUAGAUUAAAUUACAGAUGUCAAUUGUUAAUAAUGCCGUAUUACAAUUGUCAUUUUAGUAGAAAUAAUGGUUGGUUAUGGCAACACCGAAAUAGGCGGGAAAAUGAAUUGGUGAACAUGUAUAUGUGGGACGUGACGAGCUGUUUGUAUUUUCUGAAGAAUAACAACUUAGAUCGCUUUUACAAAGUUUGUACGCUGCCUGGACAUCAUAUGUUUAUGGCGAAUGUAUACAAUAUGUUGGGCGGCGUGGUCAUAACAAGUGACGUAGAUCAGUACGACAGCAAGAGCUUCACGCUCAUGAUGAAAUGCGUGCUCGAUCAGGGCGCUCCUCCGCCCGGUGGAGUGAUUCUGAAGCUGCGAGCGCGCGAAUGUUCGCCGCGAGAGAUGCUCGCGUUGCACGCAAAAUACGUGGACGCAGUAGCUAAAGCCCUACGACUGGCCUCCGCUUUGGCGUCUGAACAAACAUUCUCUAAACAUUUGCAGCAACGUUACUCGACGUUCUACAGCGGGUUCGGUUCCCGGCUGGUCACCAGUGACGUCACAAUGGAGGAGUGCGAGGAUUACUACAAAAGGAACCAUCAAAGCGCACAAAAUGAUUCCUCCAAGUAUGAACAGUUGGACGUCAUGUUCCAGCGAUUUCUGGACACCUGUGAUCACAUCUGAAACUUUAGCAGUAAGUUGAAAAUUUCAAUCGGAGAAAAUUUAACUAAAUUUAGUUAAUUAAUUAAUACACAAUCGUGAUUUAACGCGAUAUAAAAGCUUUUACAAGUAAAUAGGACCUGCAUACCUGCUCCUUUAUUGCCGACGUACUAAAAUUAAUUAAUUAAGUCAAAUUAGCAGUGUAAGUUACAAUGCAGAUCUUAUUCGGGGGUAACUCAGACUUUAUUUGGGGACAAAUUUAUUUUUUAUAUUAAUUGAUUAACAAGAUUUCGUUGUACUUAUUUAAUCAUUUAUUUUUAUUGUGUUUAAUUAUUUAAAAAUGAAUUAAUCAGUUUUUUUAUUUUAUACAUACAUGUAUAGAUUGUCCAUUAUAACCUGGCACGCCCCUACAAAAUUCAAAAAACUAAAAAUGUGUGAAUAAAAAAAAAUAUAUAUAUAUAUAUUUUUAUACACACUUUUACUUUUCAACACACACACACACACACACACACACACACACACACACGGCGAUGUAAUAUUGUUCACGUACCUAUCUACGCAUUUAAAUAGUGUCUAGUGACGUCAUUAGAUGUACGUAUCAUGAAAUAUAUUUAAAUACAAUUAUAUAUUUCUCUUACUCCUGUAUAAAACUGUUUAAUUACAUUGUUAUUAUUCUAUAGCAAAUGUUUCUGUCUAUUAUAUACCGUAAGCAAUGGUGUGUAAUUAUUUGUAACUUAUUAUAACAAAUUAGUUUAUAAAAUAUCUAGGUACAAGAACAGGUGAAUUCCUAAGCUGAUAUAUUAUGCAACAUGUAGAGUGGCUAUUUUUAAAUGAAUAAAUUCGUUUUUUGAAACCCAGAUUCGAACUUAUGAAAUGUAUCAGUGAUUUAAUUUGUAAAUGAGAUUUUACAUACAAUAUGUAAAGAAAUAUAUAAAUGAUUUAAUAAUAAUUAAAUCAAUAAUACAUUUCGUUCCAAUAUGGAAAUCUCCCUUUUUAUGAGGGUAAACUGUUCAGUCAUGCGGGCCUUAGCCAACCAUGGUCGACUCUAAAUUAUGUAUUAAAUUAUAUAUAUAUAUAUAUAUAUAUAUAUAUAUAUAUAUAUAUAUAUAUAUAUAUAUAUAUAUAUUGGCUACUUAUAAUGCAUGACCCAAAGUGUGCACUUGGCAUCAGUUGUGAUUUUUGUAUAAUGUAAGAAUUAGAAUGAAAUGAAUUGAUAGAAUUAGAUGAAAAUUAAAUAAAUAUACCUAUGUAAAUUCAGUAGUUAAUAUUUGCAUGCCAUUUGAUGUGGCGAAACAUAAUGGACAUCUUGUAAACUUGACAAAUGCAACAUUUUAUCUACAACGUUUUUGGCAAAUAAAUUACAUUUCAUAUACGCUUUUGUUCAUAAUAACGAUAAUGGUUUCAUAAACCUAUUCAAUACCUAAUUGAACUGUUUUGUCUCUUUCUUUUAUGAUGCAUUACCAAUUAGCAAGACUGUAACAACAGUUGAAUAGCUAAAAUAGAUUUUUAGUCUAUAUACGCAAGGGGAUUAGUAUACCAGAGGGAGACUGUACAAAAGUCGAUUGCUUGGGUACCUCUGUCAUAUUCGUGUUUCAACCGUGAAGCAGUUGUAUUUGCAUGGCUGUGUUUCGGUUUGAAGGGUGGGAUAUGGCGUGAAUUUACUGGGUACAGAGGAAUAACACCUGAGUCCUCAGGAAUGGCAACGCAUUGGGGGUAUUAUGGGCGAAACAGUAUACUCUGUUAUGUCCACGGUACUGCUCAUGUCUAUAGGCGACGGUUACCACUUUCCAUCAGGUGGGCCGUCAGCUUGUCUGCCAUUCUAAGUUGUAUAAAAAAAUUAAUAUAGGUAAUAUUAUUGAAAUAAAAAACUUCAAUCAAAUAUUCCAUUAUUUAUUUAAUUGUUUUUCUUAUUUUGUUGUUUUUUUUUUUAUAUUCACAGCAACUUAUUGACUAUACAUUUAAUUGUAAAUACUAUAUAAUUAUAUAAUACACAAUACUUGUGCAAACACUUAAUGGUACUUCGAAGCAACAAGCUUAAUCAACGUGAAUACAAAAUUGGCGCCAAAAACUUUGACCUUGAAAAAUGUUAUGAUUUGACCCAUA